AUGGGGACUAAGGCAGCGACAAAAUCUCACAAUCUCCCCGACGGCAGCCACCAAGCCGGCGGCGGUGUGUCAGGGCGCGUGCACACCGUCAGGACGCUCAACACUACCGUUCUCGCCCACCUGCAAAAGGUCUACGCCAGCCAUGCCGGCAGCAGCGGUGCCGGGUGGACCCCCGAGAAGGCGGCCGCUUUUCUAAAGGAUGUCCAAGGCGACUCCGAGGCCGAGCGCGCUGCUCCUGAGCUCCCAGGCGCUAUCGACGCUGCGGCUAAGGGUUGGGAUUUCAACGCUUUCCUGCGGUAUAUGACGUCGUCCAUCACCCACGUCGUCGCGCCGCCGAGGGAAGAGGACCUGUCGUACCCAUUGUCGAGCUAUUUUGUGAGCUCCAGCCACAAUACCUACCUGACGGGCAACCAGCUGUCGAGCGAUUCGAGUGCGGACGCAUACAAGAACGUGCUGCUGCGGGGGUGUCGGUGUAUUGAGAUUGAUGUGUGGGAUGGGGAUGAUUCGGACAAUGAAGCUGGCACGAGCAGCAGCAGCAGCAGUGAUGAUGACGAGGUAGCGAAGGCAAAGAAGGAGAAGAGGAAGCAGAGAUUCGGCAAGGUGACUGGAAAGCUACCCAAAUCAUUGGCAAGCCGACUUGAAAAGACCAGCCUGGGUAAGAAGAAGCAGCCCGGGAAGUUGGGGAUCGUGGCUAGACUCACCCGCUCAUUAUCGAGGAAAACAGGUAGCAGCAGUACCACUACGGCCCCGAGUACGGCCGCCCCUUCUCCCGCGGCCACAACCACUGCUACAGCCACUACUACUUCGACUACCGAGGGCCCCAGUGCCACGCCACCGGUUAACCCGCUCAAGAAGUUCAUCGAGCCGCGGGUGCUGCACGGUUACACGCUGACCAAGGAAGUGUCCUUCCGCGAAGUGUGCGAGGCCAUCCGGGACUAUGCCUUCGUCGUCAGCGACACGCCGCUGAUCGCCAGUCUCGAAGUCCACUGCAGCCCAGCCCAACAGCAGAGCAUGGUAGCUAUCAUGCUCGACACCUGGGGCGAGUUCCUCCUGCCCGAACCGAAGGAGGACGCCCAGCAGCUUCCUACGCCUGCGGAACUACGCCGCAAGAUCUUGGUGAAGGUCAAGUACGCACCCCCCGAGGGUAGUCACGGUGUUGGCGGUGGUAACGGGACGACCAACAACAGCCCGACUGGAACCGACAACGAGUCAGCCGCCGCGGCCGCAGCAGGCGUUCCCGGAACGGCCAAGGCCCGAAAUAAAAAGCCUUCCAAGAUCAUCCAGGCGCUGAGCAAGCUAGGUAUCUACACCCGCGGGGUGUCGUUCAAGAGCCUGACGCAGCCCGAGGCGGUGAUGCCGACACACAUCUUCUCGCUGUCGGAGAGUGGGGUGAUGGAGGUACACGAGAAGAGUGCGCGUGAGCUAUUUGAGCACAACCGGAAGUAUCUGAUGCGCGCGUACCCGUCCGGCCUGCGUAUCCGCUCCUCUAACCUCGACCCGGUCGUCUUUUGGCGCAAGGGGAUUCAGAUUGUGGCGCUGAACUGGCAGAAUUGGGAUGAGGGUAUGAUGCUGAACGAGGGCAUGUUUGCGGGAACAGGGGGUUAUGUACUGAAGCCCGAAGGCUACCGCGUCCUAAAAACCCUCCCUGCUCCCUCGUCCACCACCACUACCACAACCACCGACAGCGCAGACACCCCCAGCCCUCAAGCCACCGCUACCAAGCACUACACCAUGGACCUCACUCUCCACAUCCUCGCAGCUCAAUCCCUGCCCCUCCCACCCGGCGACGACCACGCAUCCUCCUUCCGCCCUUACGUCAAAGUCGAAGUCCACGUCGAAGAACCCGGUGAACGCCACGGCGGCGAUGCCUCCGUGCCCCGCGGGGGCACAGAGAAAGAGGGCGAAUACAAGGCCAAGACACAUUCGGCAAAGGGGUGUGAUCCGGAUUUCAAUACCGGAUCGGGGAGUGGAGAAGGGGAGGUACUCAAGUUUGAGGGUAUCCCGGGUGUUGUGCCGGAACUGUCGUUUGUGCGCUUCUUGGUGCAAGAUGAUGAGCUGGGGCGGGACUCGUUAGCCGCGUGGGCGUGUGUGAGGGUGGAUCGGCUGAGGGAGGGGUAUCGGUUUGUGCAUUUGGUGGAUGCGCAGGGGGUGGAGACGGAGGGUGCGGUGUUGGUGAAGGUGGUUAAGACUUUGAGCAAUCCGGGGUUUUCUUUUGGUCUAAAGAAGGCCGGUGGGGCCAAAUCGGCACCGGCGCGCCGGAAACCCGCCCUGUUUGGUGGAGGCGACGACGACAACUCGGGCGACGAAUCUACCAGCAACGUCGCGCAGGUCUCUGAAUUCAGCGUCUUUGGGUCCGCAAGUAAACUCUCUACCUCCGGCGACUCUCCCGACCGCCGGAAAAAGACAUCAAAACAUCCGUUACCCGCCGCCCCCCCAUCCAACAACAACAACAACGACCAAUUCCUCGACCUCUCCAGUGCUCUCACCGCCCGCAAACACGCCGCCUCCGCCGAAGCCACCGACCCAUCCAUCUACGACUACGACGCGGCCUACGACUCCUUCAAAGCCGCCAAAGCCGCCGCAGAACACGACAAAGACAACAACGAUGACGAAGGCGCCAAACGACCACGAUACUUCGCCGCGCUCCAAAAUGCCGCUGACAUCCGCGAGCGCGACCGGCAGAUUGCAGAGGAACGACGGCUGGCGCGCGAGCGGGAGGCGGAGGGGGAUGCGUUUGCGGAUAAGGAGCGGUUUGUCACGGAUGCGUAUCGGAGGCAGCAGGAGGAGAAUAAGCGGUUGAGGGAGGAGGAGGAAAAGAGGGAGAAGGACGAGGAGAAGAGGAAUAAGGGGAGGGGGAUGGCGGAGUUUUAUAAGGGGAUGUUGGAGAGUAGGGAGAGGGAACAUGCUGCUUUGGUGAAGGCUGCGGAGGAAGGGGUAGACGGGGAGGUUGUUGAUAAGCGCCAGCUACUCAGGGGUGGGCUCAACAUUGGUGCGAAGAAGAAAGUCGAGUUGCAGCAGGAAAAGGAACGACAAGCCGCCAGGGCUGCUGCAGAUGCCGCGCGGGGGGGUGCCUCUUCGGCCCAAACAAAGGGGGUAUAUGCCGCGGGUGGGAAACAGGCGAUGCGUGCGCGGCAGACGCGCAUGUUGGAGGCUCAGCUGGAGGAGUCGCUCAAGCGGUCACGGCAGGAAGAGGCGGCCGAGGAGGCGAAGGUGCAGCUGGCGAGCAAGAGCCGGAAAACGGAUGCGGAUAUUUCGAGUGCGAAGGAGAGGUAUUUGGCGCGCAAGAGGGCGGCUGAGGAGGCGAAGAAGGCCGGGGUGGAAGAGUAG